GGCUUUGCAUCUCGCGCUCUUGAGCUAUGUCUCUACCAGUCAUAAAUCUCGCCGGCCAAGUGAGCUACGAUCAGGAAAAGGAAACAAUCGAGACAUUCCUCAAAACAUUUGUCGGCACCGCGAAGGAUCUCACCAAUGGCAUGGCCGACAUGGAUCUCUUUGACGAUGACGACGAUGAUGGAACUGCUACCAGAACAAGAGGCUUGAAAUACAUGUCACAACUGCAACGAAUCGCGAACCGUGAACAGCAAAUGCUCGUGAUCGACCUGGAGGACGUCGUGAAGGCAAGUCAUGAGAAGACAGUUGCAGAACUUGCCUCGCGCAUCCAACAUAACACCCGGCGAUAUGUCAAACUGUUCAACGAGGUCGUCGACCGAGUCCUUCCCGACCCAACAAAGGACAUCAGUGACCAGGACGAAGUUAUCGACAUUAUUAUGCACCAGCGCCGCGAGCGUAACGAGCAUCUUGAUGGAGUGCAGAGCGGGUUCCCAGUUCAUCUUCUUCGACGCUACAACCUAUACUUCAGGCCCCUUCUCUCGGACGUUGCGAUGGCUGUGCGAGACGUUAGAGGCAUCCACCUAGGCAAGCUUAUCACUGUUCGUGGCAUCGUCACUCGCGUGUCAGAGGUGAAACCACUCCUCCUCGUCAACGCCUAUACCUGCGACCAUUGCGGUUCCGAGACGUUCCAGGAGAUUUCGAACAAACAAUACACUCCCAUAUUCGACUGUCAAAAUCAAGACGACUGUGUCAAAAACGGUAUCCAUGGGUCAUUGCACAUGCAGACGCGUGCAUGUCGGUUCAGCCCGUUCCAAGAGGUUAAAAUCCAGGAGAUGGCAGAUCAAGUACCAGUCGGCCACAUCCCGCGUUCCAUGACCGUCCACGUCAGCGGCAACCUCACUCGCACUAUGAACCCAGGCGAUGUCGUUCAUCUUGGUGGUAUCUUCCUUCCUAUACCCUACACCGGCUUCCAAGCCGUCCGCGCGGGUCUGCUCACCGACACCUAUCUCGAAGUCCACGACGUCCACCAGUUGAAGAAGCAGUACAGCGAAAUGGAAGAGACGCCCCAGAUUAUAGCUGCCAUCGAAGAACUCAAGGCCGACCCUGCGCUGUACGUCAAGCUCGCACUCAGCAUUGCACCUGAGAUUUACGGACACGUCGACGUCAAGAAGGCAUUACUCUUGCUUCUGGUCGGUGGUGUGACGAAGGAGAUGGGCGACGGCAUGAAAAUCCGUGGCGACAUCAACGUUUGCCUCAUGGGUGAUCCUGGUGUGGCCAAAUCUCAGUUGUUGAAGUAUAUUUCGAAGGUUGCUCCUCGAGGGGUGUACACGACGGGCAAGGGUUCGUCGGGAGUCGGUCUGACUGCCGCUGUCAUGCGCGAUCCAGUAACAGACGAGAUGGUUCUUGAGGGAGGCGCACUUGUUCUCGCAGAUAAUGGUAUUUGCUGUAUAGACGAGUUUGACAAGAUGGAGGAGGCCGAUCGAACCGCGAUCCAUGAAGUCAUGGAGCAACAGACGAUCUCCAUAUCCAAGGCAGGGAUCUCCACAACUCUCAAUGCACGCACAUCCAUCCUGGCUGCGGCCAACCCCCUGUACGGUCGAUACAACACCAAAGUUUCACCGGUCGAGAACAUCAAUCUUCCAGCUGCACUCCUCUCGCGUUUCGAUCUCCUCUUCUUGAUUCUCGACAAGCCAUCCCGAGCGGACGACGAACGGUUGGCGAAGCACGUCACACAUGUGCACAUGUUCAACACUCAUCCUGAGAUGGACUACGAACCUAUCGAGCCACUUCUCAUGAGACAUUAUAUCGCCCUCGCCCGCCAAAAGCGCCCCACAGUCCCCCACCAAGUCUCCAACCACAUCGUCGAAUCCUACGUUCGUCUGCGAAAGGUCUCCAAGGACGAAGAGGAAAAAGCCCACACUUACACCUCCGCCCGUACCCUCCUCGGUGUCCUCCGUCUCUCACAAGCCCUAGCAAGGCUUCGGCUGGCCGAAACCGUCGAGAUCGAUGACGUGGAGGAGGCUCUCAGAUUGAUGGAGGUCAGCAAGGAGACUCUCGCGGAUGAAGAGGACAAGGCGAAGGUUGGCCAAGACCGGAGCGCCACCAGCAGUAUCUUCCGAAUCAUCAAGGCCAUGGCCAAAGAUGCACGACCUGCGCGGAGGCGUAAGGCGCGUCGGAUGGGCCGGGGACCGAAUCGCGAGCGCGAUAUGGAUGACGACGAUUACGAGGACGGUGACGACGACGACGACGACUCUGGCCUGACGCUUCGGAUGGUGGAUGUCAGGUCACGAGUGCUCGAAGGAGCUGCGUUUACAGAGGCACAGCUCAUGGCUUGCAUUGCAGAAUACGAGAAUACCGAAGUUUGGAUGACAAUGGCCAACGGGACCAAACUGCGUUUCAACGAUUAGGGCUUCCGCUUCAUUCGUCUUAUUUCUUCGCUGUCUGCUGUCUUGCUUUCUUGUACUACGCGUUUUGUUUCAGGGUGUCUAUAUGUAGCCAGUAAUACCAUUUGUUCCCAUCCUAGCCAGUGCCAGAAAUCCGUGAUUAUUCUCCACGUCCUCAAAAGCGACGUUGAC